CCGCAGCAGAAGAAAGACGAAAAACGCCAAUCAGCUUCGCGAUGCCCGUCGGCUUAUUUGGAAGUGAGCGCAUUAGGCGGCGGUUUCAGCAAAACUCCUCGGCCGUCAGCGGAGGCGACCGUCGGAAAUAUCAGCACUUAAUACCAGUUAUUCUGAGGUGCCUAUUCUGAUACAGGGUAUCGACGUUUAAAGCGACGCGGAAAUGGCGCUUACUCAGUAUGCGAGGGUCUGAACAUCACGGCUAGUUGCGAUGGAACUGGGCCAGCAACUCUGCAGAAAGAUGAGGACCCGGAGGAGCGACAUCAAUGGGCCGACGACUUCAAGAGGCCUGGAAAUACAUUUCUACUUACUAGACAAACUUCCCCUGGAAUACUCCAAGGUCUGUUAUUCCGCUGAAGACCUGUGUGUUGAGGCGGCUAAGAAAUGUGGUAUUUCUCCUUUGUGUCACAACCUAUUUGCCCUGUAUGAUGAGAUCAGAAACGUGUGGCACCCUCCCAAUCAUGAGUUUGAAGUCGACGAGGGAACCUCACUGAAGCUGCACUACCGUAUGAGGUUCUACUUUUGCAACUGGCACGGCACAAACGACAGCGAGACCCUGGUGUGGAGGCACUCUCUCAGCAAGCAGAGGAGCCCCGGAGGAACGCCGCUGCUCGAUGCUGCUUCGCUGGAGUACCUGUUUGCACAGGGCCAGUAUGACUUCCUGAAAGGCCUGGUGCCGGUGCGGAGCCCCAGUAGCGACGCAGAUGCUCACGACAUCGAGAACGAGUGCCUUGGCAUGGCGGUGCUGGCGAUCUCGCACCGCGCCCUCAGUCAGGACCUGCCGCAGUCGGGGAAGGUGGGAGACGCCAGCUAUAAGAAGCACAUCCCAGAGAGCCUCAACAAGUCCAUCAAGCAGCGCAAUAUCCUCACCCGCGUCCGCAUCAAUGACGUAUUCAAGAACUUCCUCAAUGAGUUCAACACCAAGACCAUCCUGGACAGCAGUGUGACCGCGCACGACCUGAAGAUCAAGUACCUGGCCACGCUGGAGACGCUGACCGUCGGCUUUGGCUGUGAGGUUUACGAGACCCACGGGCUGCACAUCUCUGCCGAGAGCGAGAAGUGUCUCCAGGACGGAGUGCCUCUGGGGUACGAGGUGAAGGUUUCUGGAAACUUGGGAAUCAUGUGGCGAAGGAAGCCAACCAAGAGCAUACAGACAGCCAAAGGAAAAAGGAAAUUAAAGAACAAGGGACUGGACAGACAACUGAAAAAUGAGGAAAAUGACAGUGAUGGCUGGAUUUUGUUUUCGGACUUCCAUGAGAUAACGCACAUCGUCAUCAAGGAGGGGGCCCUCACUGUCUACAAACAGGAAAACAAAAAGAUGGAGCUCCAGAUGGUCUCUAGGGACGAGGCGCGGGCCCUGGCAGCCCUGGUGGACGGCUAUUUCCGUCUGACUGUGGAUGCCCAUCACUACCUGUGCACGGAUGUGGCGCCGUCCUCCGUGGUGAGGAACCUGCAGAAUGGCUGCCAUGGCCCCAUCAGCACGGAGUAUGCCGUCCACAAGCUGCGGCAGGAAGGCAACCAGGAGGGCAUGUAUCUCAUGCGCUGGAGCUGCACUAGCUACGACCACAUCCUCAUGACGGUCAUCUGCGUCGAGGCUGACCCGGUCAUGUCCAGGAAUGGACGGCAGUACAAGAACUUUCAGAUUGAGGUGGGGAAGCAGGGCUACGGGCUGUGCGGGACUGACGCCAUGUGGCCUACCCUCCCGGAGCUCAUGGAGCACCUGGCGCUACAGUGCCUACGGACCGACGACAUCAGCUUCCAGCUGAAGAGGUGCUCCCCCCCCCAGCCCCGAGGUAUGUGCCGGGACUGUACCCCCCAACCCCGAGUGCUGGCAGCUCUGGGAAGGUUCCCAAAACCAUACACCGCUCUCAGACCAAUUCCCGGCAAAAGUCCUGCGGGAGAGCAUCUGGGCCGAGGGACGAGGACAAACAUCUACAUGGGCCUCCUGAAGAGGAAACUCGAUGAAGAUGAGAUCGAUGUCGGCGGCUACUCCUCCCAGGAGGUGAAGGUGGUCCUGAAGGUGCUGGGGUCUGGUCACAGAGACAUCUCCCUGGCCUUCUUUGAGGCAGCCAGCAUGAUGCAACAGGUCUCCCACAAACACAUCGUCCUGCUGCACGGCAUCUGUGUGAGAGACCUGGAGAACAUCAUAGUGGAGGAGUUUGUGCAGCUAGGGCCCCUGGACCUCUUCAUGCGGAAGCACCGCAGCCACCUAGCCACGCCGUGGAAGUUCCAGGUGGCCAAGCAGCUGGCCAGCGCGCUCAGCUACCUGGAGGACAAAAAGCUGGUCCAUGGUUAUGUCUGCACCAAGAACGUUCUGCUGGCUCGGGAUGGCCUGGAAAGCAAGGGUGGACCUUUUGUCAAGCUCAGCGACCCGGGCAUCCCUGUCACCGUGCUCACCAGAGAAGAGUGUGUGGACCGAAUCCCCUGGAUUGCCCCGGAGUGCAUGAGGAACCCGACAGACCUGAGUGUGGCAGCAGACAAGUGGGGCUUUGGAACCACCCUGUGGGAGAUCUGCUAUGACGGCGAGGUGCCACUGAAGGACAAGAAGCUCACCGAGAAGGAACGCUUCUACACGGCUGAGUGCUCUCUGGCUACACCCAACUGCAAGGAGCUGGCCGAGCUCAUGAUACACUGCAUGAACUACGACCCCCGCAAGAGGCCCUUCUUCAGAGCCAUCGUGAGGGACAUCGAGAUGCUCGAGGAGCAGAACCCACUAAUCCAGCCAGUACCGACUCUGGAGGUGGACCCCACCGUCUUCGAGAGGAGGUUCCUGAAGAAGAUCCGAGAUCUGGGCGAGGGCCACUUCGGCAAGGUGGAGCUGUGCAUGUACGACCCCCAGAGCGACCGCACCGGCGAGCUGGUGGCUGUCAAGUCCCUGAAGCCAGAGACCACGGAGGAGCAGAGCUGCAAUCUGCAGCGCGAGGUUGACAUUCUCAAGGAGCUCUACCAUGAGAACAUCGUCAAGUACAAGGGCAUCUGCAGCGAGCAGGGAGGGCUGUCCAUCAAACUCAUCAUGGAGUACCUCCCUGCCGGUAGCCUCAAGGAGUACCUGCCUCGGAGGAAGGCGCAGACGGACCUGCAGCAGCUGCUAACGUAUGCAGUGCAGAUAUGCAAGGGAAUGGAUUAUCUGGGAUCCCGGAACUACAUCCACAGGGACCUGGCCGCCCGGAACGUGCUGGUGGAGAAUGAGCACAACGUCAAGAUCGGGGACUUCGGCCUGACUAAGACCAUCAAGGACGGGGAGGGCUACUACACGGUCAAGGAUGACCUGGAUAGCCCCGUCUUCUGGUACGCCCCAGAAUGUCUGGUCCACUGCAAGUUCUACCGCGCAUCGGACGUGUGGUCCUUCGGUGUCACCUUGUAUGAGCUGCUCACCUACUGCGAGAACUGCUCCAGCCCCAUGGUGAUGUUCCUGAAGAUGAUUGGUCCAACCCAUGGUCAGAUGACCGUCACCAGGCUAGUGAGGGUGUUGGAAGAGGGGAAGAGAUUGCCGUGCCCCCCCGGCUGCCCAGAAACGGUCUACACCCAGAUGAGGAGGUGCUGGGAUAAUUGCCCGGAGCAGCGGGUCACUUUCAGGGAGCUGAUCGAGGUUUUUCAGCCGCUGGCGGACAGGCAAUAAAAAGACAGCGGAGCCUCAUUAAGCUCUAAAGGGGACUGAACUCUGCACAGCGACAGACUCCUCGCUCCUUUUUAAAUAACCACGUCUUCGUAAAUAGAGCAGCUUCUACGGGAUUUGCUGCCAAUGGCAUUAAGGCUCGCGACAGUGUGGACGAAGCAGCCCUUCCAGACAGACAUGCUAUUUGAAACUGCUCACAUUGCAUUCAGCUGCAUAUAUCGGUGACCACCCAUGGACACAAGAUGGCAGCAAAUCCCACCAAUUCACAGAAGGGAAAAACAAACACUCACCUCAAGCCCCCAGACUCGCAAAUCCAAAUUAAAACUAAAAGGCAGGGCGCAGGUGAUUAUGGGUCCAAAGUUUGUGCCGGUCUUAUCCGGGAGAUUGGGAACAUUCCGCCGUGUACAGAACGUUGUGAGCGAUGAAACUGGGAUGAUCAGGACUUACCAGGAGCAGCAGCGGGGCGGCGGCGAUGGUGCUGAUGAUGUGAGAUGCAGGACGGCGGCCAGCAGAGCUGAGAAGCUGAGGAGGGACUACAGGCUGCAUUAAAGGGCACCACGAGUGGGAGAGCCGAGGGAGACGCACGCCGGGGAGAGCCGAGGGAGACGCACGCCGGCGAGAAAAGCACGACACCAGGAAACGUGACUGCGACUCCAUUUCCGCCAUUUUUAUUCCAGAACGUAAAAGAAAAAUGCCUCUCCGUUUGAGAGAGGAAAAUAAAUUUCGACAAGGAAGAUGGUGAUCAGCUGGGCAAAAAAUAAAAUAAAAUGUACAUAAAUACACAUUUAAUCCAAUUAAAUAAAAGUAAUCAAAAUGAAAA